AUGAGGGUUCCGAAAAGAGGGCAAAAAGGAAAAAUUGCAAAAAAGGAAAAGUCGAAGAAGAAGCCCAGAAGACAAGCCAUCCAGAAACACCCGAUCUGGAUGCAAGUCUCGCCGGGCCCCUGGGCUGGUAAUUUUGCGUUACGGGGGAUCUCCCGCGAAAAUUUUGUAUUGGGUGGGACAACUCUCAUUGGUCAGGGGCUGGCGCGUCAAUACGGGACGGCGUCCCGACUUACGAGAAGAUUACGACCCGACGGCAUUACAUUCUGCAGUAUUCUCAUCUCACUCUGUCCUGUCAUUUUGGUCUACAGAAGAGAUCGGGUGGAUGGAUAA